AUGUUCUUGACAAAAACUACAGGUCUUGUUGGAGCUGGACGGCGUCAAUUGAUUCGUCUGGCUUCGUCCAAAGUUCCAGAACCAAAGGACAUCAACCAGAAGAAUGCGGUUUUUGACGAAGUUACGCACACUGGUCAAGUAAGUCGAUUAGUUGUCGAAAUAAGUAAAUUUAUUUAAAAACUAUUAUUUAAAAAAGUCUUAGUUUAGACAUUUACAUAGUCUUUAGUAGUUUCUUACUUUUAAAAUGAAUAAUAUGAUCCGUUAACUUAGGCAUGGGAUCAAGCUGAUUAUCGAUUGAGCAGAUUCGAAAUCUCAAAAAAACAGGUCAACCCUAACAUUGCCAUCAAUUUGGUAGCUGAACAACCACCAAAGGCUUCUGAAGAACAUGUUGUAUCGUGUGAUGGAGGUCACCCAGCUCUCGGUCAUCCUAAAGUGUACAUCAACUUGGUACGUCUUGUUUUAUUUCUCAGCUUUAGGCAGUGUUUUCCGUUGUUAUUCAGGCUUUUAAAGUUUAAAACUUUACGUAUUUCUGUGAUUUACAAGUUUCUACUUAUUGAGUAAAUUGAAUUGUUAUCAAAAGUUGUUUAUCAUUUUUUAAAUUUUAGGACAAACCAGGAACACAUGCUUGUGGAUACUGCGGCCAAAGGUUCUAUAACUCUCAUGUGACUAAAGGCGAAGACCUCAAAAAGUCUCACAUUCAGGUAUAG